AUGGCUCAGUUUUCCGAGGUCUUGGCUGAAAUAGGCGACUUCGGUCGCUUUCAGGUGCAGCUGCUGCUGCUGCUGAGUGUCCCCAACUUCCUGUCCGCCUUCUAUAUGUUUGGCCAGGUCUUCAUGGCCCUGGAGGAGCCCCACCACUGCUCAGUGGCCUGGGUCAAGAACCUCACCUUGAACCUGAGUGCUGCCGAGCAGCUGAACCUGAGCGUGCCCCUGGAUGCUGCGGGCAAUCCCGAGCCCUGCCGCAUGUUCCGGCCGCCCCCCAACGGUGCCAGCCUGGAGGACAUCCUCAGCCACCGCUUCAAUGAGACACAGCCUUGCGAGGCAGGCUGGGAGUAUCCCGAAGACAGGCCCCUGUCCCUAAAGAACGAGUUCAACUUGGUUUGUGAUCAGAAGCACCUGAAGGAGACCUCGCAGUCCGUGUACAUGGCCGGGCUCCUCAUCGGCGCUCUCAUCUUUGGGCCCCUCUGUGACUGGAUUGGUCGCAAAGCCAGCAUCCUGAUCCAGCUGCUGCUCUUCGCCAUCAUCGGCCUGGCCACGGCGUUUGUGCCCACCUUCGACCUCUACAUGGUCCUGCGCUUUGCUGUGGCCACAGCCGUCUCUGGCUACGCCUUGACAAAUGUCACCCUGCUUGCAGAGUGGGUGGGGCCCUCGCGGAGGACCCAGGCCGUGGUCCUGGCGCAGUGCAGCUUCUCCGUGGGGCAGAUGGCCCUGGCCGGGCUUGCCUAUGGCGUCCGUAACUGGCGGCUCUUUCAGAUCGCAGGCGCCUCACCCGUCCUGCUGCUCUUCUUCUACUUCUGGGCUCUGCCAGAAUCUGCCCGCUGGCUCCUGGCCCGGGGGAGGGUCGAGGAGGCUAAACAAGCCAUCCAGAAGGCGGCCUCAGUCAACCGGCGGAAACUCUCCCCAGAGCUGCUGAGCCAGCUGGCCCCAGAGAAGACAGGCCCCUCGGGGAACGCCCUGGAUCUGUUCAGACACCCCCAGCUCCGGAAGGUGACCCUGAUUCUCUUUGCCGUCUGGUUUGUGGACAGUCUGGGGUACUUUGGCCUGAGCCUCCAAGUGGGGGACUUUGGCCUGGACAUCUACCUGACGCAGCUGAUCUUUGGGGCCGUGGAGGUGCCCGCCCGCUACUCCAGCAUCUUCAUGAUGCAGUGGUUCGGCCGCAGGUGGAGCCAGAUGGGGACUCUGGUUCUGGGUGGCCUCAUGUGUAUCAGCAUCAUCUUCGUCCCGGCAGACCUGCCCGUAGUGGCCACCGUGCUGGCCAUCGUGGGGAAGUUCGCCACAGCUGCUGGAUUUACCAUCUCCUACGUCUACUCCGCUGAGCUCUUCCCCACCAUCAUCAGGCAGACGGGCAUGGGGCUGGUGGCCAUCUUCUCAAGGAUCGCGGGCAUCCUCACGCCCCUGGUGAUGCUGCUGGGCGACUACCACGAGGCCCUCCCGAUGGUCAUCUACGGCAGCCUCCCCAUCGGGGCAGGCUUGCUCUGUGCGCUGCUGCCCGAGACACGCGGCCAGGCCAUGAAGGAUACCAUCCAGGACCUGGACCAGGGCCCCCAGCCACGGACUAAGAAGUUAGCGCCCGCAGGAAAUGAAACGGGGGCCUCAGGAAGAACUCCCAGCCCAGGGCAGGCCUCUGUGAGCAGCACGUCCUUCUGA